UCUAUUGUCAGGCCUGGCGGAAGUUUCAAGAUUAUCCCUCUAUAAUAAUUAGUGCCAAAUCGCCUUGUUCAUUCCAUCUCCAGACCAGACGACCGCUUCUCUCUUGUCAUAGCUUACCAGUACCAGUGACCAGACCCACUGCCGACAAUGGCUUCUGCAGAUGUGAGCGAGGUUCUUCCUAAACCUUUGGAUUCGUCUUCAUCACAGCCUCCCCUCUUUGAUGGAACUACAAGGUUGUAUACCAGUUACCCGUGCCCGUACGCACAGCGAGUUUGGAUCGCCAGAGACUACAAAGGGUUGCAAGAGAAAAUUGAGUUGGUUCCUCUAAACCUCCAAGACAGACCUGCUUGGUACAAGGAGAAAGUGUACCCUGUCAAUAAGGUGCCAGCAUUGGAACACAAUGGAAAAGUCAUUGGAGAGAGUAUCGAUUUGCUGAAAUACAUUGACAGCAAUUUUGAAGGGCCUAAGCUCUUCCCUGAGGAUCCUGCGAAGAAACAGUUUGGCGAAGAGCUGUUAUCCUACACUGAUAAAAUAAACCAAGAUGUGUUUACUGCAUUCAAGGGAGACCCAGUAAAAGAAUCUGCUACUUCUUUCGAUUACUUGGAAAACGCUCUUCACAAAUUUGAGGAUGGUCCAUUCUUCCUCGGCCAAUUCAGUCUGGUGGAUGUAGCCUACAUAACAUUUGUGGAGAGAUUUGACAUAUUGCUUAAAAAUGUAUGGAAUUAUGAUUUUACUUCUGGGAGGCCUAAACUUGCCGCGUGGUUCGAGGAGAUCAACAAGAUUGAUGUGUACAAGCCAACAAAGGUUGAUCCAAAAGAGUUCCUUGCAAUUUAUGCGAAUAAGGUCAAACUCAUGUAGCUGACCCUAGACUUUUGGAACAAAUGCUCGGUUGAUUGAUGAUGUUGAAUAUCAAGGCAUGACUCCAACAGAAGUUUUCUGAUUUCCUCAUAUGACCAUCUUUGAUAUCCAUUGCAGACGUGCUCAAAUAGUGUGUUUUUUUAAGCCCUUAUUUAUAUCAAUAAUAAAUAAAAUCAUUAUAAGCACAACUAUGUACGUAAAAAUAAUAUUAUUUAUAGUUUUGUCUGAUAAGUUAUCUACUAAAUAAUAACAAUAUUGUUGCUAUGUAU